UAAAAACCACAGAUAAUAUAAAAAGCAUAAAUACAUCUAUAUAUGAUAAAGAAGAUAAGUGUAUCAUUUUUGAUAUUGACGACACACUUUACAAAGAAAAUCAUGACCUGGUAUCUGCAAGAAGAAUGGCAGGUUAUAACUAUUUAAAUAAAGAUCUUAAAAUAUCAUUUGAUGAAUAUUUUAAAUUAAGUAAUGAAUAUACAAAAACAUAUGGAACAAAUUAUAAAGGAUUUUUAACAAACUUUAAAAUCAACAAUGAAUUAAUUAAAGGUAUUGAUAAUAUUUGUGGAAAGAUACAUUCCCAUUUUACUGAUUAUUCUGCUACUGUAAAUUUACUAAAAAAAAUAUCGAUUUCUGUGCUGGACGAACCAGGCCGUGUGCGCAUUUUUUGUUUUUCAAAUUCUAAUAGUAAACAAUCAGAAUAUGUAUUGAAUGUAUUAGGCAUAAGUCCAUAUAUUGAUACAUUAAUUUGUGUUGGAUAUUUGCCUAAUAAAGAGGUUAUAUGUAAACCAAUGCCAGAAGCAUAUAAUUUUGUAAAUCAUGUAGUAAAUAAAAAUAGGAAUAAGAUAAUUUUAUUUUUUGAUGACAAUUUAAAAAAUGUUAAUGACGCAAAUAGAGCUGGGUGGAUUGGAAUAAAGGUUGAUGAUGCAAAUGAUAUUGAAAAAAUUGUCGAAAAAGCGAUGGAAAAAUAUUUUAAAUAA